AUGCCUCCAAAGAUCGACCCCACAGAGAUCAAGAUCAUCCACCUUCGAGCCACAGGUGGUGAAAUCGGUGCUUCGUCCGCGCUCGCCCCAAAGAUUGGUCCUCUCGGUCUGUCACCAAAGAAGGUCGGAGAAGACAUUGCAAAGGCAACUGGCGAUUGGAAAGGUCUCCGGGUCACCGUAAGGCUCACCAUCCAGAACCGACAAGCCGCCGUAUCAGUCGUCCCAUCCGCGUCUUCCCUGGUCAUCAAGGCACUCAAGGAGCCACCUCGUGAUCGCAAGAAGGAGAAGAACAUCAAACACUCCAAGUCUAUUCCCCUUGAUGAGAUCAUCGAGAUUGCUCGCACAAUGCGAUUUAAGUCACUGGCAAAGGAAUUGAAGGGUACCGUGAAGGAGAUUUUGGGAACGGCUUAUAGCGUUGGUUGCCAGGUAGAUGGAAGAAGCCCGAAGGAUAUCAGCGAUGAUAUCGAGAGCGGAGAGAUCGAGAGUAAGCAUCUCCCCCAGCCUUGA